AUGAAAAGAAAAAGGCAGGAGGGGAGAGCGUCCCCACCGAAGAAAAAACAAAAAAUUUUUCAGGAACCUAUUCAUGGUCCUCGACCAAUCGUUAAUCAGUAUAUUUGUUUUGCGGAAAAAUGUUUACCUUGUAAGGUGUUGUUGGAUACUGGUGCAAUUGGUCCUGUUUUGUCUGCUGUUUUUGUUGAUAGUUUUGAGGUCCCGAAGGUGAAACGAGACGUCCCGGCCCGGGUAUUUGGAUUUACGGGAGAAGUUAUGAAGGGCACGGGACACGCCUUUACACAACCAUUAAUUAUAAUGUCAAGGGGGCAUCAGACGCAACUAUCAUUCGAGAUAGCCCCUCUCCCACCUGGCAUCGAUGCGAUACUACCGAACUGGUGGUUGAAAGAACACAAACCAGUUAUAGGAGCAAAUGGGGAAGUUUCCUACGAUGGCGAUAACUGUAAGAGUCGAUGCUUCACUGACAAGGAACCUCAAAUAGAGAUGGACGAGUGUGUAUUGGACGAUCCGGAGGCCCAAUUCAUCGGUAGCAUUUGUCUCUUGGAAGAUGAAUCGGUCAACCUCCGCGAGACUCUUCCCUCUUGGCUCCAUGGGUUCCUUAAAGUCUUCCUACCAUCGGAAGCAGAUAAAUUACCACCGCAUCGAUCUUACGACCAUGCGAUAGAUCUUGAACCAGGGAAGCAGCCACCAUGGGGACCCGUUUACUCCAUAUCCGAAGUCGAGCUGAAGGUGCUUGGGGAGUACCUGGACAAAAUGUUGCGACUGGGAAAGAUUAGGCCCAGCAAAUCCCCAGCAGGAGCCCCAAUCCUAUUUGUGAAGAAGAAGGACGGUAGUCUGCGACUUUGCGUUGACUACCGUGGACUUAACCGGGCGGUUAUCUUCUCGAAGAUUGACCUGAAGGAAGGUUACAACCUCAUCAGGAUCAAAGACGGCGAUGAGUGGAAGACAGCAUUCCGUACGCGGUACGGGCAUUUUGAGUACCUCGUCAUGCCUUUUGGGCUGGCAAAUGCGCCGGCGACCUUCCAGAAUAUGAUGAAUGAUGCGCUGAGAGAAUUCUUGGAUCAAGGUGUAGUAGUAUACCUUGAUGAUAUCCUAAUAUAUAGCAAGUCCCGAGAGGAACACACGGAGCUGGUCGGCAAAGUACUUAGUAGGCUACAAGAAUACAACUGUGAGGGAUGCGUAGAAGUCUCCAAGGUCUCCUCAGUCAACGUCGAGUAUGAUUCUCCUUGA